CCCGGCCCGAGAGGUGCUGUGGAGGACUGUGUGCCCACACUUGCGCUUCGCAAGGGGAGGAGGAGCUUGGGUCUCUGUGCCGAAGGAUUUGCCGCUCUCUCUCUCAUUCUCUCUAUGUGUGUGUUUCUCAAUCUGGAUCAAUUCAAUAAAUCCUUCUCUUCAGUCGGUGUAUCUCGAUUUCACCGAGGUUUUUCUCUGUGUGGCGAGCGAUUUUUUUAUUAUAUUUAUUUGUGUUGGGAUUUGGAAACAGAGAUUUGGUUCCGUGAAGAUAUGUCAUAGAUUGUCGUAAGGAAUCCUGAAUUCAAGCUCUUAGUAGAAGGUCGAGUUGGAUUUGGAACCCGCGGAGUGUUUUUUGAGGAAGCGGGAUGGUUUUCUGAAACGGGAUUGCAUUAGGAAGGUUUAGGAUGAGACACAAGUACCUAGGGCAAGAGUUCUAGACUUGAAGCAUGCAAGCUUCAGCAAUUGGGGCCUUUGCCCCGGUGGUGCUACUAUGUGCUGCCCUUGGAAGUUGGAGUUUGAUCUCCUCGUGCUUCCUUAUUUCCUUCUUCGUGGUCCAAUUCAAGAUUCAGCGGCGAGGUUUGACUCGUCCAAGGUCAGGACUAUGGAUGUCCGUGGUGUUAUUGGCCACUAUCGUAAUUGUGGUCGAGGGAUUGGUGGCCAUUGGAUGUACGGUCUUCGGUGCGGAAGGGAGCUUCUUAGAUUCGCAAUGGUUGAAGGUUUUAGGUUUAGCCAGUCUGAAUCCAUGGGAAAGCAGCUCAGAAGUGUUUUUGAUCAUGGCUCCGCAGUUUGCUGUAGCUUUAACAGCUGCAUGUGCCUUGUAUCAUGAGCAACAUUCUACAAUGUCGGGGUCUGCGCAUGCGUAUUAUGACGAGGAUACGUUUCACUGGAGAGCCAAUUUGAUAAGCUUUGUCUUGCCCACUGUCCAGCUGAUAGCGGGAGUGGCUCGUCCAUCUUGGAUUGCUCUUCCUUACUUUAUUUACAGUUGUGCUGGACUCCUUCACUGGUCCAUGACGAGUAACUUCGUUGGACUUGCCCGGGGAUGGAGGCCUUUGAUGUACUGUACAGGGAUGCACAUUAUGCUACAGUACCUGUAUCAACUUCCUAUCUCAUUCCCUCAGGAACUGCAGGAUGCUGCUGAGUACAUAGGUCUAUUCAAGUGUUCGAUGUUAGAAAUGGGGUGGCCUGAGGCUGUUCAGAGCUUGGCACUAAUUGCCUUCUUCAUGCUGCUGUGCGUUGCUGUAAACGAUUUGGAUGAGGAUCGUAGACAACAACUUGCUGAGAGUAGAGACACUUUACCAACAACCUACAGUCGCAGUGCUCGGUCAUUCACUUAUGGUGGUUCUGAGAGUGACUUGCUUACAGAGAGCCUCUUGCACUCCGAUCAAGGUUCUAGUCAUAGAAAUCAAGGUCCCGGCCACAGGGAAUCACUAAACUCAAGGAGGUGGGUUAUUGAGCAAAGGCGAAUACUCGCUUGUCAACAUGCUACAAUAAAUUUCUUCACCUAUGGUUUUCCUAUAUGUAUGGUGGCGCUGAUUGGUUGGAGCUUCGUUUAUGCGAGCCUCUGCGCAUUUGCUUUGCUGUUGUAUGUGGGCUACAUUUUCUUUGCCUUUCCUGCAGCUAGCACUCUGCAAAGGCUCAAUCCAGUACUGCUUGGCUUCAUCCUCCUCUAUGCCUUGACUACGUACUUCUUCAAUGCUGCAUUUUCUAUAAUGAAGGCCAAGUUUGAUCUGGGUACGGAGAUCUGGCACUUAAUCGGGUUGUGGCACUACUCCACUCCUGGACUUUUCAUCUUCGCUCAGUAUGCAUUGGGAUUGCUUCUUGCAACAGACAUCUUUGUCAGCAACAAUAUUUUACAUAACUUGGGCGACCCAGAAAGCCCAAAUGGAGAAGACGCGAAUGGCUUGCUAGAAGAAGGUCGUCAAGAUAUUAAGCUAAUGGUGUUAGCAGUAGUGGCAUGGUUUGUGCGUAGAAGUGCCCAUGUAAUAUCGCUGAUCCUCAUCUUCAACGUGGGCAUGAAGGGUGGUUUGCUGCAUGCCGUUUACAUGGGAUUUUUCCUUUCUUACCUGCUGAGUUCAACGGUGGCCAAGGCAUCCAGACAAUCUCUGAUCCUGCUGUGUGAGGUGCACUUUGCAAUCCUCUAUCUUCUACGCCUGGAUUGGAUAUCAACACACCUUGCUGACAAUGCUGGAAUGCUGAAGCCCUUUCUUUCUCUUUUAGGUGUAUGGCACAAAUCCAAUUUCGAAGAGUUUUUGAGCAUAGCGGUAUUAUUGGUGUUCUCAUCUGUCCAGAAUCACGGGCUCAAGGUUGCAAGCUCGUUGUCAGCUACAGUUCAGCAGAGCCCUCAACCACCACUUGGAUGGGGAAUCUUUAAAACUGGAAAUGGACGCUCAAUUCUAUUAUCUGUGUAUGCCUCGUCGAAUUUCAACCAUUUACAAGAAGAAAGUGAUGCUUCAGCUCAUUGGAUCACACGCUUCCUUGCUACGACAGCAGAAAAAGUGAGGCAUACCUAUCAUAUGUUCAGCACGUACAUUGCUUAUGGAACAGUACUCCUGGUGGUCUAUAGCGUCGAUCAAAAUUAUGUUGCCUUUGGAUACCUCUGCCUACUUUUAUUUUGGAUUGCUGGGCGCCAGGUGGUUGGGAGAACAGAAAAGCGUCUCUGGUUUCCGCUUUUGAUGUAUUCCGCUGCCGUCUUUGUUGUGCGCUACACCUUGAGUGCCUUCCCUAUCCUGCAUCACUAUGUCGAUGUACGGGUAUCACUUCGUCUUUACCUUGGAUUUGAUCCUGCGGCGUCACUGUUCCAACAUCUUUGGGAUCCAUUGGUCAUUCUCAUUGUCAUGGAGAUAUUCAGCUUUGAGCGCAGCCAGAAAUUUUUUGCGCCAGAGGAUGCUGAGGAAGGAGCUUAUGAAGUUGAUUCCAACUUAGGACUUGUAGCUUUUGUAAAGCGGCUAUUGAUUCUUCACACAGGAAAGCUCCUUUCUGUAGCCGUGUUUUAUGCGGCUUUAACUCCUGUAAGCGCACUGGGGUUCUUGUAUUUGGUUAUGCUUGUUGUUACUUGUAACAUGUCCAAGACUUCCUCUCUACCAGGCAGAACAUAUGUUCUCUACACAUCCUUCAUCAUCAUAGUUGAGUACCUGUAUCAGAUGUGGGGUCAGGAUGCAGAGAUGUUUCCAGAUCAAGCACAUGGCGAAUUUACCUAUUGGCUUGGUCUAAGAGUAUUCGAAACUGGGUUCUGGGGUCUGGAGUUAGGAUUGAGGAGCCGAGUGAUUGUAUUAAUGAUGUGCAUUCUAAAAUGCACUACAUUAGGAUGGCAUGAGCUCUUGCCAGCUUCUCUUCGUGUGGAUGAGCAUUAUGGAGAACCCUGUUUACUCUUUCUUCCCCAAGGUCGGCGCGUUGGUAGUAGCGUACGUCAUUCUGGAUUAACUGAGCCGUUGCUUGAAAAGACUCAGAAAAGAGUAACUGCCUCUGAAAAGCAAUCGGUUGUGAGUGGCCAGAGCUUCCAUUCAACUUCCACUUCUGAAUCAGACUCAAGUUCUUCUUCAGUCGUACGACCUAAGCUAUCUGUACCAAUCAACAGUGGUACUGAAUCCGGUGGGCGCCCAAAUCUGGAGUCCCCAUGGGGGAGUCUUUCGGAAAACAGAAAAUGGACAAGAAGAGGCAUGCUUUUAUUAAGACAGGAAAGAUACGAAGCACAGUUGCGAACAUUGGGCAUAAUUUUCAAGCACAGGAUAGAGCACUUUUGUCAGCUCUAUGGACUCGAGCUCAGCAUGCUUGCGCUAUUGCUGUCUAGCUUUGCCCUUCUCAACGUUUUUUCACUCUUCUACAUAUUCAUUUUAGCUCUUUGCAUCCUUUUACCAAGACGAACGCUGAAGAUACUAUGGCCGUUCUUUGUGGUUCUAUUUGCAUGUGUAAUGGUUACUGAGUACGCUGUUCUUGGCGGAUCACCUCCGCCAUGGCGAGUGUCCUCUCUACAUGCACCAGAGCCACACCUUCAAUGUGUUCAAUGUUGGAGCAGCUAUACCAGUCACAACUUUUUUUGCUGGCAGUGUUGGCUGGGGCUUACAAUUGAUGAUCGUCAAAUGCUGGUGGCACAUUUUGUGGUUUUUAUAGUAUCAUGCUUCCAAUUGCAUGCAAAUAUGGCAGCUGGAAUGUUGGAUCCGCGCUCAUUACAUGCUGUUAUUUUACCUGCAAGUGAUAGAUUGGCUUGGAAGGAGAUAUCAUACGAAACUACUGCGCAGUGGACGUGGCUCGAUUACUUGCGAUUUGCCUUCUAUCGCCACCUCCUUCAUGUUGUCCUUGUGCUCGUUUUCAUAACUGGGACACUGCAGUAUGAUGUUCUUCACUUGGGAUACCUCGCGAUGUCACUUAUAUUUUUUCGCAUGCGUGGCACAAUCAUGGAACGACGUAACUCUAUAUUCCGUUUCUUGAGAUUGUACAAUUUUAUUCUCAUAGUUGCUUCAUUGACCUAUCAAGCACCCUAUUUUGGCUUUGCGGGUGUGCAAACAUGUACAUUGCCUCAGGGUCUGCUCAGCUAUAUCGGACUCUACAAAUACGACCAUGGAUUUCGUAUCACGGAAAGGUCCGCACUGGUUGACAUCACUAUCUUUUGCGUAGUCGGUCUUCAAGCGCAUAUAUUUAGGUCCCGCGAGUUUGAGCAAGUCUUGCGCUAUCUUGAGGCUCAGCAAGUGGAGGCACGCGCACAUGCACAGGAAGACAAGGCGGAAUGGAAGAAGGAGCAGCUACAGAGGAUCCGAGAAAUGGAAGAACGGAAGCAUCAUCGUCGUGUACAAGUUGACAAGAUGAAGCAUGAUAUGCUUCACAUGCAACUGCGAUUAGAAGUUCUUGAUUCAAGUGGGCCUCAGUUCGAGCUUGCUGAUCGGAAAAAGAGUAUUCAACCUUCAGCUUCUCCCUACUCUCAAUCUCCUCGACCCCUAGUUGAUACCCCUAGAGUUUUGGAGCGUAUUGCAUCUGAAACUGCUGCAACUAGGGGUCCUGAUGCUGGUACAGAGAGGCGACUAAGCUUUGAGAAGGAUCCUACACGUGUAGGGUACGUGGAUCGUGAAUCCGACGAAAGUGAUGCUGAGGUCAAAGGCGUUCGACGGAGAAAACCUGUCAUUAAGAAAAAAUCGAGGAGUUCUGAAGAUGCCCUUGCUACUGAAAGGCAAGAGAAACUUCUGGGGAGUCAACCAGGCGAUCACCGGAAAACUGGGUCUGACGUAAGUUUUGAGGGAAAACAUCAAUCCAGGCCAGUUCUCAUGUCAGGAGUUCAGCUCUUAGAGGAGGGUGUUGCUCAGGUUCAGAACCUUGGAAACAAGGCCCUUGCAAAUCUUGUUGGACUCUUGAACCUUGAGAAUGAGGAUGAUAGCACAGAAGGGUCUUCUACAGAAGAAGAAGCUCACGUUCCCGCUGAGAAGGAGGAGAUCACUAUUCAAGAAUUGGUGGACAAUUCAAAGGUUCCACCUAAAGUUUCAGUGGAUGAAAUGUCUCAUCAACAAUCUCAGUACAUGAACGAGACUUGGCGACGCCUCUUUAUGAUUUUCAGCUUCAUCUACUCACAAUUACGAGCUAACACUGACCUCGUCUGCUACGUCUUUUUCAUUCUUGUGUAUGUUUGGAACUUCAGCUUCUUGACACUGAUGUUUCCAGCUGUCCUCUUCCUUUAUGCCUUACUUGUGAACCCCGGACCAAGUCAAUACUUUUGGUUAGCCAUGCUAAUUUAUAUCGAGUUCAAUAUUCUAUUGCAAUAUUGUUAUCAGAUCCAUCAGCAGCAUUGUUCUGAUCAGUAUAUUCCACCUUGGUUAAAGAAGUUCGGUAUUCCAGGGGGUGAGAUGACGCACUCGUUUGUUCUUAGUGUCCUCCCGCUUUUCUUGGUUUAUCUAGCAACUUUAGUGCAGAGUUCCAUUAAAGCCCGCGAUGGUGAGUGGAUGCUAGUCACUGAAUCUAGUCCCUUUACAUCAAGUCGGCGUUUGCUGGACCAGGAGAAUCAAGCUGGUCCGCCAAGUAGGUUGACCAUGUCACAAAGGAUGAGGGCGUUGGUGGCACAGAUUUCAGGCUGGUUCACUAGUCUGAGGCUGGGAAUGUUGAGGUAUUUCCAGGCUUUGACAAAUGGUAGUGAAGCUCCACCUCAUUUCGUCCAGGUCUCCUUGGAUGUAGGCAAAUGGCCUGAGGCAGGAAUACAACCUGAAACAAUAGAGUCUGGGUUCAAUCGCCUGCUGGCGUCUGUACGCCAGCCAAGGUUGCCCAGUUCUGACGAUUCUAGCAUGAAUCACAGUAGUCGAGUUCGAGUAGAAAGUAUUGAGAGCAGUCCUGAUAGACCUCAAGUUGCCCUGGCUGUUUUAGAGGUCAUAUAUGUUGCUUCACCUCAAACAUUUUUGGCGGAUUCCCAUCAUAUCUCCCUCACUCCUGCUCGUGACUUAGCUGACGAGCUUCUGAGAGCAAAAGAGGAAAAUUUACUCGAAGAGACCAGAUUUCCGUACCCGAUCUUGUCCGUAAUACCUGGAGGAAAGCGAGAGGUGGAUUUGUAUGCCUAUAUUUUUGGAACGGAACUCCUCACAUUUGUAUUUGUGGCGCUCUUUUAUCAACCCCUUAUGAAGCAUAGCUCUGGUCUUUUUGAUGUUACCCAAGUGGAGGACCAAUUUCCGAAGGGUUUCAUUAUUGUACUGAUGACUUUGUUCUUCCUGAUCGUAGUGGAUCGGGUGCUCUACCUGUGUUCAUUUGCAUCUGGGAAGGUGAUUUAUUAUCUGUGCACCCUAAUGCUGUACACAGGUUAUGUGUCACAAUUUGUGUGGAGCAUUGAGGAUCAUGAAACGGUGGAGGCAAAAAAUAAACAUGAGUUCCGGCUCUUACCGCUGAGGAUAUUCUACAUGAUGAAGGCCCUUUCUCUAGCUUUACAAGCUUUCCAGAUAAAGUAUGGUCUCCCUCACAAGAGCGCCUUAUAUGGGCAAUUCUUGGCGAGAAAGGUGAAUCUUAUGAGCUGGAACUGUUUCCGCCUAUACCGUGCACUGCCGUUUCUUUUCGAGCUCCGAUGCGUACUUGACUGGUCUUGUACCACAACAGCUCUCAAUAUGUAUGACUGGCUUAAGCUGGAGGACAUCUAUGGGAGUCUAUUUCUAGUGCAAUGUGAUAACAAGCUCAACCGAGAGAAGCAUCGGUUAGGCGAGAAGCAGAGCAUGUUUAUCAAAUUCUGUAGUGGAGUUCUUCUCUUUGCAAUUCUGAUUGCUGUCAUUUGGGCUCCCAUGCUGAUCUACAGUAGUGGAAAUCCAACAAACACCCCAAAUCUUGUGAUGGACGUUCACGCGGGUAUUGCAGUGAAAACAGCGGGUGGAGUUUUUAAGCUUUAUGAGACAGGCCUGUGCCAUAAUCACACACUGACGGGCACUAGAUAUCCAGAUGAGCAUCGUAGUGUUUUGGCUGGAUAUGAUCCCCGUGAUGUCCAAGUUAUUUGCUGUGAACCUGAUGGGGCCUCUCUUUGGCUUAUUCCUCCGUCUACGCUUAAAAGUUUGAUACAUUCUAUUGAUUCUGAUGACCUUGUCUUUAGCUCUUGGUGGGAUUUCCACCGUGAGCGUCCCAAGGAAAAGGAGUUGGCUUCAUAUGCACUGCAGCCUCAACAAGAUAAGAAUGUGUUACCUGACCAGUUGAAGGCUGUUCUGAAUGGAACCUCUAAUUCCAUUUACAUAGACAAGCUCUAUCCACAAUAUUUUAGAGUACCAAGUUCUGGAGAUGUGCAUAUACUUGAGGGUUCUAAUGUUUAUAUCUCCGGAAACUUGACAUUGAAGCGCGAAUUCGGACAGGCAUGGUGGUCUUUUGAGAGCGAUAUUAGUCUUGCAAAUGAUUGUGGAUCAAUGAUGGGUCCAGCAGCCAUUACAGUUUCCGAGGAAGUUCCUCCAAAGGGUCUUCUGGGUGAGACACUCAGUAGAUUUAGCAUUUGGAGCUUGUACAUUACAUUUGUAUUGGCAGUUGGGAGGUUUAUUCGGUUGCAGUGCGCCGAUAUCCGUAUGCGAAUACCAUAUGAAAAUUUUCCUGCUUGUGACAGGUUGGUUGCCAUUUGUGAGGACAUUUAUGCAGCUCGUGCAGCUGGGGAGUUGGAGCUAGAGGAGGGUUUGUUCUGGACAUUAAUCAAAAUAUACAGAGCGCCUUAUAUUCUUAUGGAAUACACAAAAGUUGAGUAGUUUCCCUCGUCCCAAUACAUCUAUAGAGAUCUAGUGAGAAAGAAGGUUUAAAUUAGACUAUUGUAUCAUAUUGACAUAUCCUCUUUGUUGCGGGAGAAGAAAAAUUAGCCAUUCAUUUGUACUUUAAACAUCUGUGAGGUAUUAGUUGUAUGUUCUAUGAUUAGAGGUGGAAACUCAUCGCCUAGUGUCUUGUCUCACUCCGUGAAGUAUGACAGGUGUAGAAUUGCUGCAAUAAGCAAAUAGUAGGGUAGAAACAGUCUUUCAGUUCAACUUGACGUCUCAGAACAUUGAGAAAUACGUGGCUGGAAAGCUGUUCAUUUUGAAAUGCAGCAUUGCAGACACUUCUUACAGAGCAUUGUUUUGCACAUUCUAUGAAGGAAGAUGGGUAUUAAGAGAUGAUUGCA